UGCCAGUUUUGUUUUUGGUGGUACAGCAUAGUAUUUAAAUUUUAAACAUCGUUGUCGUAAAUUUUUGUAAACGACUUACUGUACAUACGUAAUUUUCUAGCAUCCGCAUUCUGCGAAUAAGAUUUAUUUUGCCAACUUUUGUGUGUUGGGAUUUGUGCGUUAUAUGUGCAAUAAUAAGUACCUCUUCGGCAGUCUUCGCCAUCUCAAAGGAUGAGAACGAUUAAUCUCUAUGCCGUUUGGAACUGCUUUGUGAUCAUUAUAAUCAUUGGGAUUCUUUGGUUGUUGUUCUCAGUGAACUGAUUGAUUACAAAUUCGGAGACCUCAGGGUUCACAGAUUCUGGCUGCUUUUUAGUUUUACGAUAAAUCUGGGCAUUAACAAUAAUUAUUAUUUAAACCGCGUUCCUUUACACAUAAGGCUGAAGAAAGUGGAAUCUGGAAAUGUCCGUACGAUGGCCAGUUCUAUUUUGCACCAGUUUCAUUUCCUUCAGUGCCGAUUAUUUCUACGAUGUUCCUAGUGUUAUUCAGGAUUUGCUAACGGGAAAUGCCACGGCCUGCUCCAAUGGAACGGACACGUGCCUUCACCUGUCUCCUGCGCAGUUUAAUUUGCUGUAUGCCGUUUAUGCCUGGUUCGGCGCAUGCAUCGUGCCAUUUUCCGGGAUGCUGGCGGAUAAACUGGGAUGCAAGCAGACCCUAGUUGGGUUCAGUCUCCUCUUUUUCUGUGGCAGUGCAAUAUUUGCCAGCAGUUCGUACAUGGAUGAAACUCCUGCUUUUGUUCUGAUGAUGAUCGGCCGGAUGGUAUUUGGGAUCGGUUGCACAUCCGCAUCGGUGGUAACGACACGGAUGCAGUCCUUUUGGUUUCGGGAUCAUGAAAUCGGUUUGGCUUUUGCCAUCUCCAUCGUAUCCGGUCGAUUGGGCAGUGUAGUUAACUUUCUGCUCACGGAAAGCCUGGCGGAUGCGAUAGGAUUGCGAUGGACUCUGUGGUUCGGCACUGCCUUGUGUGCCAUUGGACUGGGCGGGGCGGUGGCCGCUGGCCAUGUUCACACGAGGGGACUGAAGAAAAUGAAUCGUAAUCCCGACGCGGAAAACGGAGACGAGCCUUUUAAAUUUAAGGUGAUCAAAGAAUUUCAAUGGAGUUUUUGGAUACUGGCAUUGCUUUUGAUCUUCUUUUAUGCCGGAGUAUUUCCAUUCAUUGCCGAGGCACCGCGAUAUUUUGAGGACCGUUACUCAUAUUCCCAAGGUUAUGCUGGUUAUAUUGCCGGUGCAACAUACGAUGUCGCUUUGAUUUCCCCGCUCUUUGGAUUUCUCACUGAUAAAGUGGGCCAUCGCGGGUUAUGGGUAUUGGCAGCCCCUGCAAUUUUAUUCCUUGGUUAUCUGUUCCUUAUCCUCAUUCCUGGAUUUCUUCCCCUGGCAUUUUGUCUGAUGAUGGGUGUGUCCUAUACCCUCGUGGCGGCCAUUGCCUGGAGUUGUGCACCAUUUUUAGUCCCGACGAACGGCGUAGGAACUGCGAUGGGGCUGUUGACGUCGUUCCAGAUGUUCGGUGUGGGAAUUUCUAAUGCGUUGAUCGGUGUAAUACUUAGCCAGGGAAAGGAGAAGAUGGCCAUGUGGGCCGAUGUGAUGUGGUUCUUGGCGUCCAGUGCCGGAUUGGCUUUGCUGCUGGCGGUUGGGUUGAAUGUGAGUGAUUGGAGAAGUGGUCAUCGACUGCGUUACUCGCAGUCAGAACGAGAAAAGCUCAGGCGAGACGAAAACUCUAGCGAUUAUAGUCAAGAAAGAGAUCCGCUCGUGGAUGCGUCCUAUGUUUCAGAGGAUGUCAACGCUUAAAAUUUCCUUUUAUUGCAUCUGUGAUUUUGUUAGAGAUAUUUUUUCUAGUUUGAAUCGGCUUUGAAGGAAAUUUGUUUUAUAAUUACUAAUUCAAACUUUGACAUCUUUUAAAAAUCUCAUCUGGAAGAACUGAAUCCGGGCCGCAAUCAGUUCGGGCCCGGAUUCAGUUCGGAUUUGCUGUGUGGUUACACUGGUUAGCCGAAUCUUCGGAUAUUACUAUAUGUUCAUAUGAAAAUGCACAGAUAAGCAGCAACGAAGCAAACGUUCCAGCUGCCGAUGCUUCUUUGUUUAACGUUU